AUGUCGAACGCAGACUAUAUCGCGAAGAAAUAUUUAAAGAAAGACACAGGAAAGAAAAGAAAAAAGUCUAAAUCUUCAGAUUUUGUAGAAAUUCAAGAUGAAGAUGUUGCUGGAUGGAGAAAUGACGAUGAACUAGCAGGCUAUACAGAAGGGGCUACUAUAUUACAGGAUCAACCGACAAUUGUUAACGAUGAACAUAUAAAAGAUUUAGAUGAAAAUACAAUUGCCCAAAAAGCGCAAGAUGUUGCGGUUCCAACAGCAUCGCGUUGGAAACCAGUAGGUGCCAGCGAGGCAAACCAAAAAACAGAGUCUUCAAAAGAAUCAACGGACAAGGGUCCUGGGUAUGGAUUGGUGACAGGUAAACAAGUUUCAGAAGAAGCUAGGCGGAAGCGUGAAAUUGAAGAGCAGGAGAAGUUCGCUAUGCCAGACGAGGAAUUACGAAAAAGUAAAGAAACGGUUUAUCGUGAUGCUACAGGUAAACGUAUAGAUAUUACUCUUGCACGUCAGGAGGCACGGAGGAAACUAGUAGAACAGGAAUUGGAAAAAAGGCGCCAGAAGGAAAAUCAAGUGGGUGAAGUACAAAUUCAACAACGACAAGAGUAUCUUGCAGAGCUGGAACGACAAAAGAAUGUACCCCUCUCAAGGUAUGAAGAUGAUCCGGAAUAUAACCAGGAACUUAAAGAAAAGGUUCGAUGGAACGACCCUGCAGCAGCGUUUUUGACGAAGCGAUCCACGACCACUACAAAAGCAUAUCAAGGAUAUGCUCCUCCAAACAGAUUUAAUAUUCGCCCUGGCCAUCGAUGGGAUGGUAUCAUUCGGGGGAAUGGGUUUGAAAAUCGUUGGUUUCAGCGACAGAAUGAGCGGAAAGCUCGAGAACACGAAGCUCAAAUGUGGGCAGUGGAAGACAUGUGA